GGGAGGGUAGACAGAAGCAGCCUCGCAGCUAAAGCCAACGUGACACGCUGGAGUCUUAACAACGGCACCCGAACCGAGAGCAGUCACGUUAGUUGCGACCUGAAUAUCGUCUAGACCCGCGACCGUAACACGGCCGUUUUCCGACUGCUGCGUUCGGAUAACGAUUCAAUCCCCGAGCGAGAAUUUCGUGGCAGCCCGGCUCGACAGAAACGGACGCCAGCCGCAGUGGAUGUUGUUGCAUUGUUCACGUGAAAGCAGUGAGAUCGGUGGUUUGCUGCGGAACAGCGCGCGGUCGACCGGAACCUCACUUCGUCGGCAUGUCUUGUCAAGGGAAACGUCGUUACGCCGGAUACCGAUUUCGUUAGGAUCGUUACAUCGGGUUCAACAGCCCCGUAUCGAACUUGGCCUGCAGUGCAAACAGUGCCGCGAAAGCGUAGUUGCACUACAUCCGUGGGAUUAAUAACGAUGGACGAUUCAAUUUGAUACAUUUCUGUAUAUUUCUAUUCGGAUAUUACCUCUUGUAAAUUAUUUUCUCGGCUUAACCGCAGCUGUCGCUUUGUCUUCACCAGAGGAGCGUGGAAUGGAGACCACGAUACGAAAGUAAAUCUGGACCUGGGUUGGGGUUUCGCUGCCAGGUUUCCUGCAGUCUCUGGCGGUUCUAACAAUCUACAGGCCCCUGCCCUUUCCCUCUUGCGGUCCCUUAUGCCCAAUGACGGCUGUCCCAGGGUCACUGCAGGAUGGAUGAACUGGAUUUGACAGUUUCUGUCUGUCACCGUCAGCGCUUGCUUAUCUGUGACUGUGUCUUGUUCUUUUACGUUUAUAAAAGAACACCUCCUCUCGUGGGCCUCGGCCCCAUACACUGUAAGAGUAACUGUUAAUAAGGAAUACCCCACAGAGGGGCCUCUUCAACUCUGUGGCUCACCUGAGCUUUUAUUUUUUCGUCACAUUUUUGUGCCACAGUCAGGAGUUUGUUUGGAACAGGAAAUUUCCAGGAAAAGUUUACAUUUCAGUUUCUUCGUCGUAAUUUAUUUAUACUUUUCAGAGUAUUUUUGUUUUCGUUCUUGGAGACAUGUCGUCAGAAAAUCCCGACAAGGUGGUGACCUUCUUGGCCCCUCCACCACCAAAGAAUGUGAAUGGCUCCGGGUCGGACUCGCUUGUGAGUGAGAAACUAGACACGGGGGUCAGAAAGCGCCGCCACACUAUGGAUAAAGACCAGAAGACAGCCGAGCACAGAUUUUUUAGGCGCAGCGUCAUCUGUGACUCCAAUGCCACGGCACUAGACCUGCCGAGCAAGGCCUGCAUCCUUACCUCGCCCACGGACCAAGAGCAGUUCGUUGUGCCUGCAGACCUUUGUUCGACCCCAGAUGUAACAAGUGAUGCCCGGGUGUGUGUUUCAGGGGUUGUGGAGGAAGAGCAUGCACAGGACAUUGGUAGUGGAGGAAGACGCGCUGGGGUUGAUGUGACAGUGGAGGUACAGAGCCCAUCUGUGCAGGAUGUGGAUGUGAGACAGAUUGAGGUCCUUGGGACUGCUGAGACGGAGGUCUGCGAUGUGGGCGAACAAGAGCAGGAAAGCAGCGAGGCAGACAAACGUGUGGAAGUGGAGAAAGGGGUGGCAAAGGCUCGUGCCGAGGCUGAACAGAGGGAGGCUGAGAAAAAGGUCCAGGAUGACAUCGAAGAAGUGGAGACGAAAGCUGUGGGCACUUCGCCAGAUGGACGUUUUCUCAAGUUCGAUAUAGAGAUUGGACGUGGCUCCUUCAAAACGGUCUACAAAGGCUUGGAUACUGAAACGACGGUUGAAGUCGCGUGGUGUGAACUGCAGGAUCGAAAGCUGUCGAAAUCGGAACGGCAGAGGUUUAAAGAGGAGGCCGGCAUGUUAAAAGGGCUGCAGCACCCAAACAUCGUGCGUUUCUACGACUCGUGGGAGUUGCCUUCCAAAGGUCGCAAGUGCAUCGUGCUGGUGACAGAGCUCAUGACAUCUGGAACGCUAAAAACGUAUCUCAAGCGCUUCAAGGUGAUGAAGAUAAAAGUAUUGCGGAGCUGGUGCCGACAGAUCUUGAAGGGCCUACACUUCCUACACACCAGGGCGCCUCCCAUCAUCCACCGGGACCUUAAAUGUGACAACAUCUUCAUCACCGGCCCCACUGGAUCUGUUAAGAUUGGAGAUCUGGGCUUGGCCACCCUCAAGCGCUCUUCGUUUGCUAAAAGUGUCAUAGGUACCCCUGAGUUCAUGGCGCCUGAGAUGUACGAGGAAAAGUACGACGAAUCGGUGGACGUGUACGCCUUCGGGAUGUGCAUGUUGGAGAUGGCGACCUCUGAGUACCCUUACUCCGAGUGUCAGAACCCCGCUCAAAUCUAUCGCCGGGUCACCAGCGGAGUUAAGCCUUGCAGCUUUGACAAGGUAGCCAUUCCAGAGGUGAAAGAGAUCAUCGAGGGAUGUAUUCAGCAAAACAAAGAUGAAAGAUAUGCUAUCAAGGAUCUUUUGAACCAUGCCUUCUUCCAGGAGGAGACAGGAGUACGAGUUGAGCUGGCCGAGGAGGACGACCGUGAGGUGAUCGCCAUUAAGCUCUGGCUGCGGAUCGAAGACGUCAAGAAACUCAAAGGCAAAUACAAAGAAAACGAAGCCAUCGAGUUCUCCUUCGACCUCAGCAAGGAUGUUCCAGAAGAUGUGGCUCAGGAAAUGGUUGAGUCGGGCUACGUUUGCGAGGGCGACCACAAAACCAUGGCCAAGGCCAUCAGGGAUCGCGUGGCUCUGAUCAACCGCAAGCGAGAGCAACGGCAGCAAGUACGAGCCGAACAAGAGAAACGCAAACAGGAGGAAGAGCAGAAGCAGAUUUCCAGCGAGUCUUUGAAGAACACACCAACCUCUCACGGUACUCAGAGUCAGUGCGGAUCCCAGCCUCCCACUCCAGGUCUUCUUCAACCUGAUUGUGAGGAACUUGAGGCAGAACAGCAGCUUCACUACUCACAAAGUGGAAUGGCCUCUGCUGAUGGGACGCUGGACAGUGGUCAGGGUUCAUCAGUGUUCUCAGAAGCUCACCUGAGCCAGGUCAACAUGUCGUAUGGUUCUCCUGCAACGUCCCAACAACCCCAGGUGCCCGGACAGGGCAUCUUUCCCCCCGUAUCUCAGGCUCCCCAGCAGCACACCCCAUACCUCCAGCAGCCCAUGCCUCCUCCACGUCGUCGUAGCAUGUCUGUUUGCGUGCCCUGCUUUUCUACCACUCCUCUGUUGUGCCCUCCCAAGCAACCUUCCACACCUCCUCCAGUCGCAUCAGCCCCCCUCUCACCCCGACUGGGGAGGCCAGAUGGGGAGACGUUCGCGGACAGACUGUCCAAAGCGCUGGAGAGCGUCCUGCCCCUUCACUCGGCCCCGUCCCGCCGCCGGGCCAGUCUCCCAGCAAUCUUUGCCAGUCCUCCGCAGUCAGUGAGUCAGCCCUACGGCGGAGGAGGCUCAGGUCUGGUUGAGCCCCCGCACUUUUUCCCCACCAUCCCAGAGCGGCCCGUGUCUUUCUCGCCGCCGCCGUCUUGCCCACCCAAAGGUUUCAAUGUGCAGCGUCGUAAGAGCACCUCCAUCCUGGAGGCCCACACGCGACACUUCCAGCCCACCUACCACCGUAGCUAUGGCAGCAGCUUGCACCCGUUCUCAGGCAUGGAGACCAUGGGUGCCAGCAUUGAACCUUCUCUAUACGUGAUGCAAGGAAUGGCGGCUCAAAGGUUGGCCGAGCCACUGCACCUGCCAACCCCUACAGAAUCCAUCUACGGAUACAAGGAUGUUAGAGCCGAGCAAGAGAAAGCGGUCCGGAGAUUGAGUCUUAAUCAGGCUGCGUUAAUGGAACACUUGGAAGCCAUGUCAUAUGGUGGCUACCCGAUGACGGCUCAUCAGAUGAGCCACAUCGCUUUCCAUCAGCAGAUGCAGGCGGCUGCUGCCGCCAGCAUGGCCUACGAGGCUCCACCUCAACCUGGGACAGCUUACCCGCACCUUCACGUCCAAAACCAAAUGCGUUUGACCCAGAGCCCAGUCCCGCAACUGCCUCCCAUGAGCAUGUCAAUGUCUGUGGGACAGCCAACUGGGGCAGUUGGUGCUGGUGAUCCGGUCUAUCAACCUCAUUCAGCUCCGCCUGUGUUGGGACAUACUGCCGAACCCUUUGAAUUCCACAUGCACAACUUUCAGGCAGACCCCGCCAUGCUGGCCUCCAGACUCUACCGAGCCCGCCGCGGCUCCAUGGACCUUAACCUUGAGGAAGCAGCCAGCAAUCAGGGCGUAUGCGGUCGCUUGCAGCCUGUCACCGAAGAACUAUACAGCUACGUCAGCCCAGAACUGCCUCUUCCCCCUGGUAACCUGCUUCUACACGGACCUAGAGAUCACAGCCCUGAGCCAUCAAGCGACUCAAUGACCUCCUCUGAUGCUGGUGAGUUCUACUCACCUCCCCCUCAUCCAUUUUACCAAGGUCAAGAGUCCUCCGGCGCUCAGUCAAUCCCUCAGACUUUCUAUUACAAAAUGGAAGGAGGGAGCAACAUCAGCGACGGACACCCGCCCAGUCAGCCAACGUUUCUGUUCGUCCCAGCCUCCGAAUCGUCGGGUGUCCCGUCCUUGCACAUCAGUGCCUGGGGCCGGCAAACCACCCUUCAGCCGAACCUCGCAUACCACGAGGCUGCCCUGUCUCAUCUGCAGGUGCAGGUUCCCCCGCAGUCCACAAGUUCAAUUUCUUUGGUUUCCUGCAGCACCCCAACGGCCGUCCCCACUCCUCAGCAGUAUGGAGGUUACUACGUCCAAGCGCUCCCUUCGCAGGCUCCUGUAUUGCAGCAGGUGUCUCUGGGACCACCUUCCCAACCAGGUGUGUCUAUACCCCAGCAAGCUCCUCAACAGCCUCCCAACGUGGUUCAGACCGGCUCCCAGACACAGUUGCAGACCGGGCCUCCUCCCACACAGACUCCUCACACCGUCGCUCAGACUUUGACAACAGAGCUGACACAACUUCAAGGUCCUGUUGUGGAUAGUUAUUACUCUGACGUGGCAUCUGGGCUCAGUGAUGGGAAUGAUGGCGUAACGGGCGGCAGACAUGAGGGUCGUUCGGCAAAACGACACCAGCGCAGAUCAGUGCGCAGUCGUUCGCGCCACGACAAGAACUCUAAAGCCAAGCUCAACGUCCUUAAUAUCUCAAGCAUGGGCGACAGAGUUGCAGAAUGUCAGCUGGAAACACACAACAGAAAAAUGGUGACGUUUAAGUUUGAUCUAGACGGAGAUAACCCAGAGGAAAUUGCACAAAUAAUGGUUCUGAGUGAAUUUAUUCUAGAAAGCGAGCGCGAGUCCUUCGUUGAGCAGAUCCGGGAGGUCAUAGAGACAGCUGAUGAGAAAGGUGUAGAGCGAGAACGCAGCCAGGCGGUCAAUGAUCAUGUGCAACAUCUGCCCACCAUCUCUGCACCCCUUGAACAAGGCAUACCGCCUUAUUCAGCUGCCCUGGUGGUCCAUUCAGCAGGCCGCAGGUUUAUCGUAAGUCCAGUGCCCGAAUCCAGGCUGAAAGACCAGUUCUUCAGCUCAGUCCCUGUGGGUCAAGAGACUUCAUCCUCACCAGGUCUUGGGCUUUCAACGUCUGCGUCCGUAGUCAGUCUACAACAGGCGUUUUUGGAGAUGCGUCAGGGCCAUUUUGACCCCGGUCCCAGCACUGCACCACCAAUGCUCCACACCUCAAUGCCCCCUUUAUUGCCCCCUGUAACACCCGUGCCUUCUGGCACCGCCCUGAUGGUCUCUCCCCCACUAGCACAUGUGUCUGAAGUAACAUAUUUGGCAUCUUUACCCACUGUUUCAGCAAACCCUCAGGGGUCAACAUCACCACCUCCUACCCUUCAACAGACGCCAACCUCUGCCAUGACCUCCACACCCACCCAUUCACUGCCCAUGUCUCAGCCCCCUCUGCCUCCAAGUCAGCCAUCUAUACCUACUGGCAUCAGUGUUAUUACAUCUCCCUCAUCUCUGCCUGUGCAAGCUGCCAUCACCAUGCCCGUCUCUACACCGUUCCCCCAGGCAACAGUUCCUGUGCCAGCGCUGGGUAGCAUGGUCGCAUCGCUCCCUCAUCCUGUGGCUCCUGUGAAUGUUGUGGGUUCUGUUUCCGGCGGCAGUGCCGAACACCCGUUCAUCCCCUCCACGACUGCUCAACUCACGCCUACUGUAGUUCCCACCACAGCUUUUGAAACACCCCAGCUCGCACCUUCCACCAUCCCCACCACUGUAAUUCCCUCCGCAGACUCCCAGCCGCAGGUACCCACCCUCCAACCUGUCACCACAAACAGCCAACCUCAAACCUCCACCGUGCCCAACCAGAGCCACAUUCAUUGUGUGGAUUGCGACAGCGACCCGCAGGGAAAGGGCGUUGAUGACAUCCAAGCUCUUGAUAAGAAACUACGUUCUCUCUUUAUGGACCUGGGGUCCGGUCCGCCAUCUGCCCAGUCCGAUAUCACGUCUGACCCAAUGGCGACCCCAAGCGUCCCUGGCACCUCCUCCCCAACCACAUGCGCCACCCCUAGUGGUACCCCCCUCCCUCCCUCUAGUUUACCCCUGAGCACCUCCGGUCUACAAACGGGCUCCCCGAUGACCGCCAUGGGUAAUGGAUCCACCCCUGUCGGCUACAGUCAGACAACACCAUCCAAAGCUCCGUUGUCAAGGUUACCGGUGUUGCCUGCUGGCCUCGAUCAGGCUGGCACACCACCAUCAGAGCACCUACCACCCUUCCCAGGACCUUGUUUAAUCCAGUCUCAGCAGCCCUUGGAGGAUCUGGAUGCCCAGCUGAGACGAGCUCUGAGUCCAGAGACCGUCCAAGUCGGCAGCGGCACGCAUCAGUGCUCCGUCACCGGGAUGCCAUUUGGAGGACAGCCAGUUCCGUUUUCCUUGGAUGGAGAGCCAGCAGCUGUGCCCGUGACUGGAGGCUACAAACUGGGACGAUUCCAGGUGUCAGUAGCUUCUGAUGAGAGUUCCCCGCAGGUUCCCACCACCUUCCACGAUUCAUCUACCACAUCAUCAUCAUCUUCCACCUCAUCGUCCUCCUCCACCCUCUCAAGCCCUGAGCACACGCUGCACCGCACCUCCUCUCCCCUCAAAAACGCUGCAGUGGACAGGAUCGACAGCCCCUCUGCUUCCUCCGACCGGAACGCCGUCUCACCCCUGCCCACCACCAUCGGACGUUUUCAAGUCACUACUAAGGCGGACACCAAAGUGGGUCGUUUCUCGGUGAGCGAGACGUCCCCUGAACCCCAACCGGGACCUCACACCCAUCCUGCCUUAGGAAACGGUCCAGCCCAGAGUCCCGGCCCUCUCAACAACUCCAUCAGCCCCUACCCAAGCAGCGACAAUGACUCGGAGUUCGAAGACGAGGACUUUAAGAAAGAAGUCAGCAGACUGAGGGAGAAGCACAUGAUUGAAAGCCAGGCCCUGUACGUCAGACAGAAAGCCGAGAUCGACUCCCUCUUUGCACGUUUGGGCAAAGCUCCGCCCGGCAUGAUCAACCCACCUGUUUUGAAUCCCGCCGGCCGCAGACGACGUCCUACCAAGAGCAAAAGCAGCAAAUCCAGCCGCAGCAGCUUGCAGAGCAGUAAGAGUCCCGUACAGCCAGCAGCCAGCACUUUAUCGGCGCAGAGCGCUCCCUCUGUGUACCCGUCCCAGCAGGCGUUUCUGGCCCCUGGGGGGAUGAUAGAUGGGGGCAGCAGCCCUCUGCUCCAGUCCUUCAAACCCUCUCCCUCUAAUGAGAACCUGUGCUCCGCUUACACCAGCGACGGCACACUCUCCGCGCCCAGUUUGUGCGUCACCUCGCAAGGCUGUAUAAAGUUUAGCUGUGGGUCGGAGAGAGUGACCUUCAAACCAGGUGGCAGGAGGACGCGUUUUCUGAGUACGCCCUGCUUGGCUCUUUGGAAGAUGGUGAAAAAAGUCUGCCCCUGCAACCAGCUCUGUAGGACGAGCAGCACCACCUGCGUAGGGACGGCAGGAACUGGUCCCAAUCAAAACCAGCCGUCCGUCUCUCAGUCCCAGAGCUGCAAGGGGAUGUUCACAGACGAACUGCACAAGCUGGUGGACAACUGGGCCAGGGAUGCUAUGAACCUGUCCCAGGGCAAGAAAGUCAACAAACAUCAACAGCAGUCGGCCCCUCAGGGCAACAAUUACGAUAUGGUCCCUCCUGCCAACAUGGGCCGUAAGUACUCCGCUCCGGGACAGCUGUGCCCAAGUAGCGCUUCGAAUCUGAGCGCUCACCCACCCAUACCCAACACUCCUGCUACCUCUCUAGGAACCCGGAAAGGCUCCCUGUGCCCAACGCCGCAGUACGUCUACCCAUCCGCACCUUACAGCGCCCAGUGGGUCAGCUCCGCCCCGCACGCCCAGAGUGGCCUACUUGCCGCCUCGCAACCCCUGGGCCAGUUUCCACCGGUUCCCAACCCAAUACAGACCUUCCACAUGAGCACUUUGCAAAAGUCAGUCAGCCACCCCGGCGGACCCAACCUGAAGAGCACAUAGUGCAGGGCCUUGCCGUGCCAGGCCCAAAGAUUUUGGUGGAGGGGACAGUCAGAGAAAGAGGCAGGGGGAAGUUUUGGAAUUUGGAAUGUGUGUGUUAUUGCGUUGCAAAUUUGUCUGGAAGCGUUGAGAGGUUUGGACAGUUGAGGGAUUGAGGAAGACCAUGCAGAUGAGGAGACGGAAGAUGCCAAGAUGCACCUGCGGAAUCUUCUUGUACAUUUACAGAUAACGCCCAACCAGACACAGGAGGGGACGGAAACUAAACGAAUGCAAUGUGAUGUGGCCAAAGACAGUCUUGACGAUUGUGAUGGUUUCACAUCUUUCAAAAUGUGUAGCAAAGUCAUUGUUCACCAUCCAGGCCCACACAUUUGAUUCCGGAGUGAUUUGAAUCGACUGGUAUUCAAGAGGUCUCGCCUUUUAUCUCCUCACACUCGCUCAUCGUCAGCAAACAGACAGGAGACAUACAAGCUGCGUACACCUGUUGUUCCCCCUGCCCUCGACCCUCUGCUGCAACGCCAUGAAAAAUGCAAUAAUUUCAAUGGUUGGGGAAAAAUAACCUGUUUUAAAACGCAAAAAGUGUCCUUCAUUCGAUAAAACGAAAAUCUGUGUACAAGAUCGUACUUUGUUUUUAAAUUGGGUUACGAGGGUUACGAUUCCAUUUUUUUGUUCGUUUGGUUUGGUUGGGUUGGUUUUCUUCCCUUACGCCCAUCGAGCCGGCCUUGUGUAGCAAAUGUUAGGGAGAUUUCUGUUUUUCAGAUGUUCAGAGGCCUUUAAGCUGCCCCGGGGUUUGUGCUACAAAAUACUACGGCUUCCCAGCAUGCUUUGCAGCACAUUCACAUGCUUAAUAUCCUCUUCCACCUCUCUCAUCGGGCCACACCGUAAGGCGAGCUGUAAUUGUGUAAUAUAGUUAAGAUAAACCGAUCUGUUCCUUUUGGUAGGGGAGCCUGUCCGUCAACACCCAUGGCCCCCUUUGCAGUGAAUUAGAGGUCAACAUUUUGCUCCACCCAUUUACUGUAAAUGGCCACCAUUCACGUUGUCUUUAUUUGGGAUGAGUAGAUGUGACAUGUAGACCCAUUCACAGACAAAGCUCUAAAGGAACAGCUUUGUUUGAUCCUGCCAGCAUUUUGGGGCCCUGUUAUAAUAGUUGGCGACAGUCAAAUGAGAAGGUUGAGUUCUGUAUGGACCUGUAUUUACUCAUCAGUUUUUGAUGUUGAAACACUGUGAUUAUUAUAAAUGUUGUUGGACAACAUGCGUUUAAACUAAAGGUAGAAAAAAAAACAUGAAAUUGUGAGGGUUAUGGAUAUUAGCGUUCAUGAGAUGUAAGGCUAGCUAUUUCAUUAUUUCACAACUUAUUGGAGACACUUUAACCUUUUUUUUCCCCCAUUGUAUUUUUGUGUAUUCGAAAAAAAUGUGAAUGUAAAAUGUAAAAAUGUACUUGAAGAAACUUUCCCUUUUUUGCCCACGUCCGGUGAGCUUUCCUGAAGAUUAUAGUGCCUUGCUUUUUUACUUUUCUUUGCUUUGGGCUUUGACGCCUGCAGAGAGUCUGAACGAUGCCGGUGUUUGGACCUCACAGAGGGUGAAUGUUUGUACAUUACAGAAUAAGAUAUCGGUUUGAGUGGCGUUCUAGCUCGGCUAUGACUGAAACCAUUUGAUGGCACAGUUGUAGACAUUGGACAGUGUGCGAAAAAGGAGUUUUGAAGCUUGGGCUGUUGUAUGUAAUGCACGCCGAUACCAAGAAACCUGCUGAGAUCAUCUGGAUAAAUAACCAGGUGGGGCUUUUCUUUUUUGAAGGCCGGGUGCCUGCGAAAGUGCAUAAAUGCCAUUACUAUACUACGAGUUUAGAUGAUCUUAGCAUGCUUAAGUGUGCAUAUCAGCAGCGCACCCUUCUAUAAAUGUGUCACCAUGUUCCCUCGAGAGAGAGAGAGCUCUUAAACAUCAUGACCGGCUCUUGUGAUGGUGAGGAAGAUUGAGAUGCGAUGCAAAGAACGUUGGUUCACGUGAGACGGUUUGUUGUAUGUUUUUAAAUGUAUCCUAUUUGCUUAACUGGCAAAGACACCAUCCGUGUGUUGAGAAGCACUUUGACUAGUUAACUCAGUUUGGACGUUGCUGUGACAGGACGUGAAGGAUGCAGAAAGAUGGAGAAAGAUAGCAACCCUCACCAACACGACAUGGCCAAAACAGUUCUGGUUCAGACGAGCGGUUGCAGUUGUUUCUUUGCUUGAGACUCGCUGUGUAGAUAAGUUUUCAGGCUACUGCAAUGGCCUCGUGGUUUAUGGCUUAGUAGUAGUUUCUUACGGGAUCCCUUUUGUAGCAGUCACGCAACAAUUGGUCAAGUGCCGGUCGAAUCACUCUUGUAAAUGCUUUCAGUCCUAAUUCAUCAUUUACAAAUGUACCGAUGUUUAAAACCUUGUUUGCCAGGUUAAGACCGUAAUGGGUACAAAAUGUAGUGAAGUUGAACUUAGUUGAGACACUCAUCACCUUAACUACUGAAUGGACUUGGAUUAUAAUUUGUUGUGUACUGCUUAGUGUACUGAGUGGAACGUCUGGUACAGAAGAACAUCACUAAUCAGCUGUACAGUAUCUGUUUUCACCAGCCGCGAAUGGCUCCGUUUUUCUUUAUAUUUAAAUAAGUUGUUUUAAAGAUGGCUUUUGCUUUGUACACAACGCAUUACUUGUUUCUCUUGUUUUUUAACCCGGAAUUGAAUUCACCGUUACGCUCGUUCAUUGAAACUGUGAACAAACCAAAAGGUUUUUGACAAAGAGGUCCCACCUGCUCAGUGUUCAGACUUAAUGAAAUCUGUCGACAGCUACCUUGUGAGUGCCAUGUCCUCAUUCCAAAACGUAAGUGUUAUUCGCCCUCCCGUACUGUAGAGGGCGCUAAUGUAACUGCAGUGCAGAACGUACAAUGUUAAACCAGAUUCACAAUGUGACACCACGUUCCCAGUUUACCAAAACUACAGAGAUGACCCUAAACUUUGUAAAUUAUAAACGCCAACUUUACCCCUCACCAUACUUUUGAGAAAUGCGGCUGAUGUGCAAACAAACCUCCGAUUGAUACAUUCAGAUUCAUUUUUGUCUAUAAAUGAAUCAUAGAUAAAAGAAUCUUGGCAUUAUACAAGAUACAGAAAAUGCACACGGGCGCGCACUCAAAAGUGUGGAAAUGAAUAAAACGCUUUGUUUUACCGUCUAGUCGCCGUCCUGUGGAAGGAAAUACAACAGAAGAAUGUGUACUUAAUACUGUCCUGUCAUUAAGUUAUUUUGUUUUGUACUAAUAUACGAUCCGCUCGUUUCGUCUCUAGGUUUCAUCUAGCGACUUCAUUCAGUGUUUCUCCGAGUGAUAUUUAACAUUGUACAAAAAUGUUAAAGGAAAAAAGUUAGAUAAAACAAAUACCAAACGUAAACAUGUAGGCAAUCAUUGGCAAGUUUAACUGUAUGUUUUGCACUAAGUAUAGGACGUUCAAGCUUCAUAUAGAACUGUGCUUUGCGCUCCAAUAAAACAGCAUUUGUUACCUUUAUUUGUAAACUUAAUAAAAGUCAUUUAAAUAAAAAUGA